AUGACCGCUGCAGCGCCCAAGAAACUGAGCAAGAGUGCCUGUAAGAAAAAGGCGCAGGAGGCUGUUGAAGCCAAGGCUGCCGUGGACGAGGCGAUCGCCAAACUUGCUGGCACCACCUCAAAACUGAAGCAGAUUGACGCGAUCAAAGCGAAGAAGGAGAGUGGCGACGUGCUGAACGACGAUCAGCUGCACAAGCUCGAGACUGAACAGGGUCUGCGAGACAAAGUGGCUCAACUCUCUGCGUAG